UUAAAGGGAUGGUGGGCAGUCUCUCGGGCUUUAUGAGCAACUUAUUUUGCAUCAUGCACACAUUCUCACGACACUCAAACUGAGCCGAGUGUUUGGAUGAGUAAUCCUGGUUCACCUGAGUCGGCAUGUACCUGUCCUGAGUGGCGUUGUCCCCCUUUUUUUCCCCUCUCCUUAUGAGCUUCUGCUGGAUUCUGCUCUCCCUCCCCUCGCCGCACUUGUUGCGCAGAGACUGGAUGCGCCACUGAGUCCUUGGAGAGGAGAAGCAGCAGGGACGGACUGCAACAGGUGCACACAGAGAAUCUGCUCCUAAACGGCUGCACCGGAGGUAAAACAAAACUUUAAAUGCCUAUUUGAAGAUUUUCUGGCCAUAUUCAGCCUUCGACGCGCGCACAAAGCCAGGAUGCCGGUUCUGACAAGCCCCGACAUUGCCAACAAGUUUAAGGAUAAAUGGCUGGAGGUUUACUCGGACGACCAGGUCAUCGGGUCUGACUCUGCCCCGAUGGACGACAGCCUCACCAGUCUCCACUGGCUCCAGAAUUUUUCCAUCCUCAGCGCGGACCCAGAGCGACCCAAUGGAGCUGGACCUGGCUGCCCGUCCUCGCAGCAGCACCUCUAUCUCAAGCGCCUCGGCUUCCCCAGAGGUGGCACCGACUCUCCGUCCAGCCCGCCGGCUGGGGACACCGCCGCCACCGGGAUGCCUUCGUACCUUGGCAGCCCCGUUACCUCCGGCAGCGCCUCCACCGCGGUACCGCGGUUCGCCAGUUGCGCACAUUCAGGAAACGGCUACCCACAGAUCCCCAUCCAGGCCAGCCCGCCUGUGGAGGUCGACUACAAGACCAACCCUAAAGUCAAACCGCCCUAUUCCUACGCAUCUCUCAUCUGCAUGGCCAUGCAGGCCAGCAAACAGCCUAAAGUGACUCUGUCCACCAUCUAUAACUGGAUAACGGAGAAUUUCUGCUACUACAGACACGCGGAGCCCAGCUGGCAGAACUCAAUUCGUCACAACCUGUCCCUCAACAAGUGUUUCAAGAAGGUCCCCCGACAGAAAGACGAGCCAGGGAAGGGAGGCUUCUGGCAGAUUGAUCCACAGUAUGCUGACAUGUUUGUCAACGGCAUCUUCAAACGCAGGAGGAUGUCUGCUAACCACUACAACAACAGCAGCAGCACCAGCACCAACAGUGGAACCCACAGACAGAGCAGACUGGUUCAGGGUUAUCACAGCACCCAAAAUGGUUUCCCUUACCAAGGGGCAGGCAGCAAACGGAAGCACCUGCCCUCUAAAAACAACAGCAAGAUGAUGAGGGCCACUGAGUCUCCACUUUUGGCGACAGAGGCCCAAAAAGCAGACAUCCUGAGGGGGGACUUUGACCUGGCGUCCGUGUUCGAUGACGUUCUCAGCGGGAGCUGUAGCACCUUCGAGGAUUUGGACAUCAACACGGCACUAAGCUCCCUGGGAUGUGAGAUGGAGGUCUCCAUGCAGGGGAGGCAGCACUCAGCAGGGCUGGGGAGGUGGUGCAGUGGAGGGGACAUCAUGGGUCAGAGCCAGCACCUAAACUCCCAUCAGUCUUACGGUUACAUGGAGCUGGGCGCUGCUUCCAUAGAUUGCUCUGUCAGUAUGGGGGAGCUCCAUGUGCCCCAGCAGCAUCCACAGCAGCAGCUGGACCAGGAUCAGCUGCUCCAAAGCCACAACCAUCUGCAGCAGUUCGAUGAGCCCUCCGUUCUUUUCCUGGAGCAGCCAGAGGAGACUGUGCUGCAGCCCUGGGAGGAAAUCAAAGAAGAGGCACAAGCGAUUCCUCUGACUCUGGAUCAGGGCUUCGGCCUGUGCGAGGGUUUCUUCACAGAGAUGCAGCCAUGGGAACGAGUGGAGGCCUAUCUGUGACCUUCGACUUCAAACGUCAUUGACUUCCAAUUAUUUUCACCCAAUGAUCUGAGCAUCUCUGAUUGCUGGUCCAGCGCUAUUCUACCCCAAAAGGAUAACACUGACUAGAACAACAGUUCAAUUCUUUGUGCUUUCCCUCCAAUCAUUCUGCAAUGCACUGCAUUUGUAAUUUAUUAUCUGGAACUUUUACUUGUCUUUUUGUUGAAAGACAAACAUGAUUAUGUCAAACCUAUCUUGAACUGGAACUGUGAUCCCAGCUGAUAAAGAUUCCCUUCAAAACAGUCACUGAUCUGACUGUAAACUUUGUUGGGCAACAUGAUUAAAAAAUAUUUCCUGGCAUAGAUUGCCAGGGUGUCAGGUGAUUGACAGGAAGCAGUGGCUAACAUGACCGAUAUAUCAGACCCGAUGGAAUGACAAUAAAACAGAAAAACUUUUAUAAACCAAAUAGAAGUUUGAAGUGAACUAUGAGGGAUUAUCAGACUCUGUAGAAUGAAUGGCAGCAAAAGGUUUCUUCAGAAUAAAAAAGGAAGGAAAAGCCGACUGUGUGCAGGAAAUAUGAGAAAUUAUGCUUUAAGUUGGAUUUUCUGGAACUGUAACAUCUCAAAUGUCAGGCAGCUGAUCAUAAGAGAAUGUGUUCAAAUGAGUGCUGAAGUGGACUGAAAUGCAGCUAUUUGCUGCUUCUGGGGUUUUGAUGAAAUGAGAAGAAAACCCAACCACCCACAAACAAGCACUGUCACUAUGAGACCGAGAUGACUUACGGGAUUCUAUUUUGCUACAUUAGCAUUAACAUUUUUUUACUAACAUGCAGUGAAAUCAGCCAAUCCAGUGGUCUGUGGUGCAUGAUUUUAAAAGAAAUUACCAGAGCAGGAUGGACAGCAGAAAAACUAAAUUCAUAGUCUGAGAUUAGAAAUCAGUCAUUUAUGACUUUGUUAUAUAGUCGAUUUAAUAUAUAUUCACUUAAGUAUAUAGCAUGAAGCUAGGCAGGAGCAUUUGCCAUUUGUCUACAGUUACGUAUUGCAAAGCGAAAAGUGGAGCAGACCUUCUUGUCAGUCAUGAAAAUCGAACAUUAUGCACUUUGAUAGGCGGCAGUUUUAGGAAAGCAAGACAGCUUUGUUUUUCAGGAUGUUUAGUUUAAUUUUAUUUCUUAUCAUAUUAAAAUCAUAUUUUAUGAAGUUUACUGACCAUAAUGAAAGUAAUGCAUAAGCUGUUAAUCGUGCAUAUCAGAUUCCUUUUGAACACUGAACUCCACACUGCAAUAAGUCAGCUUUUUUUGUUUUGCUUAAAUAUAUUGUUUUUUUGUUGUUGUUGUUGUUUGUUUGUUUGUUUGUUUUUUACAUAUAUACAAAACUGGACAUUUGCUGAUUAUAUUUCGCCAAAUUUGUUGAUAAGGAAUAUGCAGUUCAUUGGUGUUUCUGUGCUGAUUAAUAAGAAAAAAGAGUUAUGUUUUCUGUCACUGGGUGAUAGAUUUCCCUUUGUCCUUAUUGAUUACUUUGGUGUCUUUUUUAUUUGUAUGGUUUGUUUUCAUCAAUCUGAAUUUCAAAAUAUGUUUGACAACAUCAUAACUGUUUGUUCGAGGGGGCAAAUGAUGAGCAGGCACAUAUAAAUUCAACUCUUAAAGGCCAGAUUUUCUUAUUGUAUCAUAUAGAUCAAGUUUGAUACGAACUCUAAUCUUACCAUGUUAUUUUCAUUUGUACUUUUUUAAAGCUGUUUAAAAAUGCAAUCAUGCCUUGAUGCAAUAAAUGGUGUCAAUUAAAGAAAGAACAAUGACAAAAAUAUGUUUCCUUCACUUGUCACUGUCAUACACCCACACGUUAGAGUGCAAUAUACAGCUGUAGCCAGGAUUAUUGUUUGAGUUAGAGCUCUGCGUGUGUGCAAUCAGGAGAUAAAAAGGUCUAUCAGGGUUUAUCAUUAAUCAGCACUGACAGGUCUGAACUCGCUCGGUAUUUGAAACAUACAGGGGCUAGAUAUGAUAGCAUAAGAGCUGCACAGUGUAAUAUAAUCUGAUACGUGAGACAAUGACAAAUUAAUCCUUCAGUAUGAAUCCUUUUUGAUGAAACUGUUUGGAUGAGAGUGUACUCAGCUUUAUGAUAAUCUUUGAGACAACUGCAGAGACAAAGUUAAUUUUUUCACGAUA